AUGCCUUCGCUGUCAACUGCAGCCCAAUCUGGAUCUAUUACACGCUUGCCAGUUCAUCUUGAAGAAAGUUCACGCCAGCAUAGGGAUUCUUGCCUACAAUCUCACCUACCUGGAUAUCACGAGUCUAGUUCCGCGGAAACUAUGACGCUUGGCCCCCCGAAUCUCACGACACUCCAUCACGCAGGGCUGCGCAAUGUGACCGACCUGAAUAUUAACCCGAUGCAGAUCGACUCGCUCGAUGGUUUGACUGAAAAUCCGCUCAAUCUGCGUCAAGCUUGGAUUCGAGGUCCAUUCCCGAAUGUCAACCACAUUGCUAUUGGAUUCACGUCUGCCGACCACGUCAGGAUGUAUGACAAUCCAUCUCUCGCGCUAGGAGGCUCCUCGACAAUGUAA